AAUUUUAUUUUUUUUGUCUGAAUAAAAAAAAAACCAACCAAUCGCGAGUCGCCACGUGUCAGUGGAGCCUGCGAACAGUGCAAAAAAACAGCCAACAGCGAUCCUUAUUCUGCCUUUUCUGCAACCCGUUUUUUUCUUUUUGUGACCCUCCCUCCCCAUAAAAACCCACUAAAAACUCCUCCCCCUCCCCCGAUAAUCCUGCCUUUAGCAAAGCAACCAAAUUUAGAAAUUACUUCAAUGUGUGAAAUGUAUUUAAAAAGCGCGAGACACGUUGUGUAGUUCACUCCUUGCAACUUCUUAAAAUCAUUAGCUUGAUUAUUAUUAUUUACAGAAAUUGAGAUUAUUUUUAAUAACAUCCAAAAUAAAACUGAAGCAACUUGAUAAAAUAUGAAACUUAUCUACAAUAUGUGGAUUUUGACAUUUUUUCCUUUCUUGUAGAUAUUGUUUUAUAAGCUGCAUGCUGCGAACAAUUAGCAACUCACAGAACCAAGAAGAGAGUGAGAGAGAUAAACAGAGAGGAAAUGGAAGAAGAGUUGAGAAACUUAGUCAAGGUUUGUAUCUCUGUCUUAAUCUCCAUAUCUUACUGUUACUACAUCUCUUCAAAAAUUCCCAAAGGUUUUGUUCGUCUCCUUUCUCUUCUUCCCAUCUUCAUCAUCUUUCUUCUCAUCCCUCUCUUCUUUUCAUCCCUCCACUUCUGUGCCAUCUCAGCUUUUUUCCUUACAUGGCUAGCAAAUUUCAAGCUCCUUCUCUUCGCUUUUGAUCAAGAACCUUUAAGCCCACUUCCUUCAAUUUUCUCCCGUUUCCUCUGCUUUACUUGUUUCCCCAUCAAAACCAAACAAAACCCUUCUUCAAACCGAAUCUACAAUAAACCUAAAUGGGUUCUUGCGUUCAAAGUUAUACUCUUUUCCUCCUUAUUACAUCUCUACGGUAAAAAUUAUCAUAACACUUUACCUCGGUUGGCUUUCUUGUCUAUCUUUACCAUCCAUGUCUACAUUGAGUUAGAAUUUAUCUUAGUCUUAGUGGGUGGUUUACUCUCUACACUUCUUGGUUGUGAAAUCGAACCGGUUUUUAAUGAGCCUUACUUGGCUACUUCUUUUCAAGACUUCUGGAGUCGUAGAUGGAACCGCAUGGUCCCAUCCGUUCUACGUCCAACUAUUCACAUCCCGGUUCAGCGAUUUACCGCGCAGUAAUCGGUCAA